UUCCUCAGUAGCUUUCUUACAAAGACUUGUCACGGAUGCAUUACCUGACAGGAAUGUUGUCUAACUUAAUCGACCCUGCUUGAACCAAAAAAAGGCACCUUCCUUCAAGGAAGUGCUGUGUGUUGCAGUGGGAAGGCCCGUGGCUGUCACCUGGGAAGGGGCGGCAGGCUGUCAGACACACAUGCUGUACACAAAGCAGACGGACAACUUCCUUUAUCAGAGUAAAAGAUGUGUUUCCAAAGCUCCUUGGACCAAAUAAAUCAGUGUGUGACGCUUUGAGGGGAUUUAUUUGCUUUCUGAUUUUGUGGGAGCCAAUUAAAACAGGCAGAAUGCGGGACAUGCUGGAGAGGCUGCAGACUAUCAGUGAGGAGCAGGACGACAGCGAGCUAGAGUUUGAUGGACCUGAGUAUGAUGUGGACAAAGGGACUCUGUGUCCACAGGCGGUGGUGUUUGAGGAAUCCUCAGCUAUUGACAACAUCCUGCAGGAGGCCUACUCCAUACGAAAGGAGAUCUCCAUGCUCCGCUUGGAGGUGGAGCGUCUGAGCACACAUAAUGAACGCUUUGGCACCUCUGUGCGGCGCCUCACCUUACUCAAAAAGGACUCUGACUCCAUCGCCAGGGGGAUCCAGCAACGCGGGGAGGCUCUGUAUGUCCGCCUUCAGGCCCUGGGUAAAGAGAGCAGCCAGCUGGAGGAGAAAGAAGGUCCCAACGCUGCUGUUAGUCGCAUUGCCCGAGGUCAGUAUGACACGCUGACCCGUGCCUUCCAUGAUGCCAUGAGUGACUACAAUGAGGCGGAGGAGAUGCAGAGGAGGACAUGUCGGGGGAGGAUCCAGAGGCAGGCCUCCAUACUGGGGACUGAAAUCACAGACGACCAGCUGGAUGUGAUGGUGGACAAAGGGGGUGAAGGAUGGGCCGAGCUGUCCCAGAGCCUGCAGACCCAAGGUGCACGCUCGUCCCGCUGGGCGCUGUGCGAGAUCAAAGGCAGACACAAGGAGCUGGUGGAGCUGGAGGUCAGGCUGAAGGAGGUCCACGAUCUGUUCCUGAAUAUGGCCAUGCUGGUAGAGGAACAGGGUUCAAUGAUUAAUAACAUUGAAGCUAAUGUGUCUGGCACCGAGGAAUAUGUUGAAAGAGUAAACAUUGAAAUCAAGAGGGCCCUACAGUACAAGAGGAAGAAUCCUUUUCAACAGUGUUGUCCCUGUCUACCCUGUUGGAGACACAACCAAACUCUUUAGGGCUUAUUUUAAAUUUCAUGCAAUUUUAUGGAUGUUUGAAAAUUGAAAUGAAUAUUAACUUGUGAAAAGCAUUGUGGACAGCUGAAAAUAAAUGUUAUACAUUCUUUAUAAUUCAUAAUUAAUAAAUGCAAUCAUAAGACACAUACUCAUGAGCACAAAAUGUAAGAAGUUUUUUUUUCCUGAAGAGCUGCAAUGAGAAGUUCAAAAUUGUUCAAGGUUUGGAGUUACCGGUUGUCUAAAAUCGGAUCUACAGUAAAAGAAGUUUUUGCUAUUUGAAAGAGAGAAUUUAUCCAAAUGUGUGUGUGUGUACGAGAUUUUAGAAGCAUGUUAUUUCAAGUUGAAACAGUUAAGCAGUUUACUGACACACAAAAUAAAUGCUGUUUUAUUAAAUUAAAUCAGUAUGUUAGCCUGGGCAUCAUAUUGACUUGGUGAGUUGGGCAACUGGGAUGAGAAGUGGAGAUGGUCGUUAAAAAUGUCGA